GCGAGAUGUAGAGGGGCCGUAGCCCGUGGAGAGGGGCGGAGGCCCAGAGGGGCACCACGUGGGGCUGCCGGAGCUGGCUCUCGCGCGGUGGUCCAGUUUGGGUCUAGGUUGGAGGUAGAACCGUGGAGAUGCGGAAGGAAACCCCGCCCCCCCUAGUGCCCCCGGCGGUCCGCGAGUGGAACCUUCCCCCUAAUGCGCCCGCUUGUAUGGAACGGCAGUUGGAGGCUGCGCGGUAUCGGUCCGAUGGGGCUCUCCUGCUCGGGGCCUCCAGCCUGAGUGGCCGCUGCUGGGCUGGCUCCCUCUGGCUGUUCAAGGACCCUUGUGCAGCCCCCAACGAAGGCUUCUGCUCCGCUGGAGUCCAGACGGAGGCCGGAGUGGCUGACCUCACUUGGGUUGGGGACAGAGGUAUCCUAGUGGCUUCCGAUUCAGGAGCUGUUGAAUUGUGGGAGCUGGAUGAGAACGAGACACUCAUUGUCAGCAAGUUCUGCAAGUAUGAGCAUGAUGACAUUGUGUCUACAGUCAGUGUCCUGAGCUCUGGCAUACAAGCUGUCAGCGGUGGCAAAGACUUCUGCAUCAAGGUUUGGGACCUUGCCCAGCAGAUGGUACUGAGUUCAUACCGGGCUCACUCCGGGCAGGUCACCUGUGUCACAGCCUCCCCGCACAAGGAUUCCGUGUUCCUUUCCUGCAGUGAGGACAACAGAAUUUUACUCUGGGAUACCCGCUGUCCCAAGCCAGCAUCACAGAUGGGCUGCACUGCCUCAGGCUACCUUCCUACCUCCCUGGCUUGGCAUCCUCAGCAGAGUGAAGUCUUUGUCUUUGGGGACGAGAGUGGAACUGUCUCCCUUGUGGACACCAAGAGUGCAAGGUGUGCCCUCAGCUCAGCUGUGCACUCCCAGUGUGUCACUGGGCUGGUGUUCUCCCCACACAGUACCCCGUUCCUGGCCUCUGUCAGUGAGGACUGCUCACUUGCUGUGCUGGACUCAGGCCUUUCUGAGGUGUUUAGAAGCCGAGCCCAUAGAGACUUUGUGAGAGAUGCUACUUGGUCCCCGCUCAAUCACUCUCUCCUUACCACAGUGGGCUGGGACCAUCAGGUCAUCCACCACGUCCUGCCUACAGAGCCUCUCCCAGCCCUUGGACCUAAGAGUGUGGCCGAGUAGAGUGGAUUUAAGACAAAAAGCAAACCCCCCAUGAGUGUCCACUCCGUCUGUGAGACCACACGGGAGCCUUAUACAGUAUGUUGGUACACCAGAUCUGGGCAGUUAAUAGGCACUGUCUCUCAACCUGAGGGAGGCUGGGUUUUGGGAUCCUGUAAGUCAUAGGGAAGAAAAACUUUCUUAAAAUUGGAUAUGUAUGUGUGUCUUAGUGUGUGUGUAGAUACAUAGUUUUUGGUGGUGGGAGGGAAUUAAAAAAAUUGAUCUUACAUCUUUCUUUCCCAAGCCCUCCCCCCACCAAAAAAAA